GGUGAUAAAUGCAGGGAAGAGCCAGCACAACGAGGACCAGGCAUGCUGUGAGGUGGUGUUUGUGGAGAGAAGGCCCAGCCUGAGGGGCCGGCUGCCAUCCAGGGAAGGCGGUGGGGAGCUGGACAGGGACAGGAAGGGGUUUUAUUUCCACUACUGGGCCUUGUUUGACGGCCAUGCGGGCAGCGGUGCUGCUGUCAUGGCAUCCAAGAGGCUCCAUCUCCACAUCUGUGAGCAGCUCCGGGACCUUGUGGACAUCCUGCAGGACCCCUCCCCACCUCCCAUCUGCCUCCCACAUGAUGUGACAGCUGGCCCCGCAGAGCCGAGCCGGGUACCCCUCGCCGAGGACAACGGGGAGGUCCCCAAUGAUGCUGUGCCACGGUUUCACCUGGAGAAAGCGGUCUCUCAUGAGAGCCUGGUGAUCGGUGCCAUCGAGAACGCCUUUAAGCACAUGGAUGACCAGAUCGAGCGGGAGCGGGUGUCCCAGCACCUGUCUGGGGGCUGCUGCGCCCUGGCUGCCGUCUACCUCCUGGGCAAGUUCUACGUGGCCAACGCAGGUGACAGCAGGGCCAUUAUCAUCCGUAAUGGGGAAAUCAUUCCAAUGUCCAGGGAGUUUACUCCAGAGACAGAGAGGCAGAGGCUGCAG